AUCUGUAUCUUCUUCUCUUAAUUCUCCUCGACUGCCACCCUGACCCGACCCGAGAAGACGAAAUGGCUUCAGAAGGUGGAGAGAAACCAGAGGGUUUUGGUGUGGAACAGGUGGCAGUGACUACGAGGUCAUAUGAUUGGAUCAUUCCCAUACUGAGGUUGCUUGCAUUUUUUGCGACUCUUGCUGCGACACUUGUAAUGGCGCUUAACAAACAAAAGAAAACUUUUGUUGUUGCCACUAUUGGAACCACUCCAAUACAAGUUACCCUCACCGCCAAAUUUCAACACACACCAGCAUUUGUAUUCUUCGUGAUAGCUAAUGGCAAUGCUAGUCUCCAUAACUUGUUGAUGCUAAUCGUCAGUAUCCUGGGACCCAAGUUUGAUUACAAGGGACUUCGCCCUUUAGUAAUUGCAGCAUUAGACAUGAUGAACGUGGCCCUUGUCUCCGGUGGAGUGAAUGCAGCGGCUUUCAUGGGUCAGCUGGGUAGGGAUGGAAAUUCUCAUGCAAGGUGGAACAAAAUUUGUGACAAAUUUGACAGCUAUUGCGACCGUGGAAGUGGUGCCAUGUUGGCUUCUUUCAUCGGCCUCGGACUAAUGAUCAUCAUCAACAUUAUCUCCAUCGUCAAGCUUCGCAGUCAUAAACUUGUUAACUCUUCUAUUAUUCCUUGAUCUAUAAAGCUAUAUAUUUGAGUGUACUUAUAGUAUUCUGUUUUUACUGCCUAAAAUAAUGUAAUUUCUCGUGUAUUGAAUAUGAUUGACGAAGAAAUACAUGUGAAAUAUUUAUUUGUGAUUCUA